AUGAUGUCAGACGGUGUGGGUCUUGGGGUGAAUGUCAGUCGAAGAAAAAGAAGGAGUCCGGUGAAUGACAGUAAGAGCUUUUUAAAUGACUAUGGCUCUGAAUCGGACUCCUCUGGAGACUUCAUUCCAUCAAAGCGCGGACGACAGCUGAAAAAGAAGCCUCUUCGAGUCUUUAAUUCUUACGACUCCAUACAGUUUGAAGUAAACAAGGAAAAGCAACGAAAAACGCCAGCAAGAAGGCCUAGAACACUGAAAGGAAGGAAGAAUCGCGAUGAAGAAGAGGAAGUUGAAGAUCCAGAACUAAAAAUGUCGGAGAGGAUGGUAGAUAGGAUUGCUGCAUUAAAUGAUGGAAAAAGAACGAAAGUUGGAAUAACUAAUUGCUUUGAAGAUCGAACCGCUCUUGACUGUAUUGAUAUCUGUUUGAGAGAGUCGGAGAACAUGCAGGAAGAUGCUGUGGCGCUGGCAAUUGCAACAGCUGUUUACAGUCUUCGUGUGGACCGAACACAUAGCGAUGCGCAGGAAACUCGCUACACCUUCAUCCGUGGUAAAAGUGAUGCUGAGAAAGCAAUGAUGCUCGCCACUGACAGCACUUUCGAAAACCCUAAGGAGAAGAAGAAGCGAAGAAAGGUGGAGAGAGACGCUGAAAGGAAGAAAACGAUGGAAGCUAGUGACCCAGAUUCGACUGAACAACCUGCAUGGAUGAAACCUUUGGAGCCCGAUACUUUUGACUACUCAUUUGGGAUGAAAUUCCCAGUACAGGGCACCUUCCUUCAACAUUGGGAUUUCACCCAAGAUCUUCUCGACCAGAUCGAGAAUAGAAGGGUUGAAAUUCGGAAAGCUAAAAGACGAAAGAAGUUAAUGUCGUGGAAGAAAAUUAUUCCCUUGCGAUACUGUCCUUUUUAUACGGAUUUUGAACGAGCCACUGGUAAAAUCGAAUCAGAUCGUGUUGACGCUUUGGCAGCGUUUCAAGCAAGAAAAGGCUCCACUGGAAAAUUAAUCAUGCUCCACGAUGCCACAACCAGGGAACCUGCGCCCUCAAGCAGCUAUAAUAAUGAUGUAGAUUUAUCUGUUGUGAUACAAAGCAGAGAUAUGCUAGCAAACUGCUUACGAGAAGAACCAACUGCAUGGGACCACUACUUACUUGAAGAUAAUCCACAGUUGUAUAAAACAGGACAGUAUCUAAGGACCGGUGACAUGACUGGCUAUGUUCUUCAAGAAAGACCAUUUUACCACCACUUUGAUCCUGAUAAAGAAAGUGCAGAUGAUCCACAGGAGCUGUACUCUUGCGUCGAAAAGAAUGAAGACAAAACUUUGUAUACCUUCAAAAAACCACCAAAAGGCACUGCUCUUACAAGAUUGGCACCGCUCAUUCGCGUACCCGUCAACAAGUAUGCAAAUCCAAGGAAUAGGAAAAUUGAAGAUUUUCACUUCAAAGAAAGCAUCGUGGUGAGCUCUGCAGAGUCUGACAAAGAAGAAACUGAUCUCAAAAAGCUAAUUGAAGAAGUGUGGAAUCGGCUGGAAAAUCAAGAUUUUGAACAAGAUGAGCUUUCUCAGAUGAAUUCCGAGUACGCAUCACCUACACGAAAACAGGGGCUUGAUGAAGAGAAUGAGAAUGGUGAUACUUCUCUUCUUAAGAGAUUAAUAGAAAGACAUCAGCAGCAUUCUCAAGAUCUUGAGCAACUACGCGAAGAACUUCGUCAGCAGUCCCGAUCUUUUUCAAGAAAGGCAGUGAAAGAAUGUUUUGAGUGGACUGAUUGUCUUAACAAAGCCGCUGAUAUUGAACAGAUUGAAGAAGACGAACUUGUUGAUUGGAAAACGUCGAAGUUCCUAGAGACAGUGGGUCCGUUAAAGGAGAAAACUUUCCUUGAAACCCUGAAAGAGAAAUACCCUCUGGAUCCACCUGAAUCCGAAGAAACCAACGUAAUCCAGCGAAGAACUCAGAUUAUGGCAUCCAUAUUGGGUACUUCACAUAAUGCAAUCGAGUUACGUGUUCCAGAGAGCACGAUAUUCGACGAAGCAUUAUAUUUCAUUAAACAUGGUAUUCACAAGGAUUUACAGUAUGUAGAUGCUACGUAUCAUAUGAAAAUUUUCAAGUUCAGAGUAACGGUGGAGCAAGCUCACGAAAGUUUGAGACGUGCUGAACGUAUUGGAAUUGGAAAAUCUCCUACCGAAUUGGCUGCAUUGAAACAAAAAUGUUUUCGCCCAGGACGAUACCAUGGAAUUCGCGACAGCGGGCAAAUUCCGAAAUCCUAUCAAGUGGAUCCGUGGUCUGUGAAUGAGACGACAUUGGAGUUUUCUUCACAGUUCUUUCGCAGUCGUCAGUAUCCGCGAUUGGAAGGCGCGCUUUUACAACUUCACGAGGAUAUUAAAGAAGCAGCGAGGAAGAUACCUUCCGAUUCCUGGUACUACACCGCUAUCGACGAACACGAAAGUGAUUGCGACCAGAAGGAUACGAUAGCUCGGCUCAACGAAGCAAUUACUUUAUUCACAAUGCGGUUGAACAAAGCGGAGGAUAUAGAACUACGCGGAAAGCGACAGUUGCCUAAAAUAGUUCAACGCGCUGUAAUGCAGAAAGCUUCCGCUUCUGAAACAGUUUUUUCUGCUUCAACAUCUGGAUGUGAACCUCCUAUUACUGCGGAUGAGCAGCCAGAACCUGAUGCCACAGAAGAAGCAGAGGAACAAGAAAAUUAUGCAGACGAAGCUACAGCGUUUUGUGACGAUGAUGGUAGUGAUUCUGGAGUUCCUGAGGAUAAUGCAUGCGAUGACGUUGCUGACAUAGCUGAGGUAGACGUGGAUGAACCCCUAGACACUGUUGAAGAACCUGCGCAAGACACAGGCGAUCCACCCGAAGAAGAGGAAUCAUCUUCGAUAACAAGUCGUAAAAAUAAAAACUCAUCUGAACAGAUGGAGGAACCUCCAAAGAAACGAGAAAAAAGGAUUAAAUCAGAACCGGAUGUAAAGCUUGAAGAAACUGAGCUGGAGUACUUCACGAAGUCAACAUCGCACACCGCUGUUUCGCUUCGCGAGCGUUUCACGAUUGUAGAUCCCCGAACCUUAGUUCGCAGCGAGGAGGUUAUUUUUAUGCGACGAAAACUUCAUGGCCGUCGGUUGAUUACGGCAUACAAGUUUGAGGAUUUCAUCAAGCCAGGUUUACUCCACAAGGGGCGCUAUCCUCGAAUGCAUAUGGAUCUUACCGAUCAAGACAAUCAUUUUGACAACAUCUUCAACGGCAUCAUUAGAAAAUCUCUUGCUGCUGAUGAGAAAUGUGUUGAUAACGCGGAUGUUGAUGGGGCUGAAAAAGACGUUUACGAUGAGUGGUUGGCCACUUUCGGAGGAUUCCGUUUCUUAUACGAGAAUGAUGGCUUUGGUAUCGAUGAAUCUGGAGAAGGGCAACUGGAGGAAACAGCAUUGCAAGAUCCUGUUCUUUCCGACAACGAAAACAUCAAUAAAGGAGACGAUCAGAACUACCACUGUUCGAUGAAUGAAUCUGCAACUUCCUUCUUCUCAAACGAUAGUAUCACGAAACGUGAUCGUUUCUAUGAUAUCCGCCCUGAUGAGUACAAAGCAAUAGGGAUUGAUGUGAAGAACAUUGUGCCAAAUAAAGACUUCUAUGCAAUGACGAAGGAAGAGCGCGCCGCCGCCGUUGCUGCCGAGUUUGAGGCUAUCGAUGCAUUGGGGCCCAAAAAAGAAGAUGGAUAUGUCAUAAGUAUUAUGGAUUUUUCCUGCCGUGUGAGUUCCUAUCACCUGAAUACCGCCAGAAUGAAACGUGUUAUGAAGUCUAUCUUAUCUAAUCCAUUGCUCGCUUAUGAUAAGGUGCUGUACACUCGACGUGCACUGUUGGCACGACGAAGAGCAGUUGAACGAAAUAAAAUCAAGGAAAACUCCCUAACUGACCCGAGCGAACUGUACUACAAGAAAUUGGAUCGAUCUCUUGAUUCUAGCUUAGGACCACUCGCGGAGAAGAUAUUGGAAGAACAUAACCCCAUGGAUAUAACUGCUUUAGAUCCUAUCGAUGUACUUGAGGCGGUCACAUACCGGAAUUUGGAAGGCAUGAUUGAUGUUGAAGACAUGCCAAACAAUGGUGGUGGCACUUCAAACACAGGUGUUGAAGAAAGCAUGCGACAGUUCGCGGCUGAAGUGCGUCAGUCGGAUUUCAAAGUCCAAGGAUUGCACACAUUCUCAUCCGUGAUGCAGUGUUUGCCGCGGCGAAUGGGAAAUUCCGGCAAAUACGUGAACAUAGCGAAUGCUUUGGCUGUUACUCUGUAUAUGUGCAAUGAGAAUACGCUGACCUUAGUACAAGAACGGACUGACACAAAGGACAUAAAUGAGUCGGUGAACGAAGGUGAACCUUGGAUGGGCAAUUUCAUUAUUACCAACGCUUGUGAUGCAGUUCUACCCCAUGGAAAUAUCUUUCCAACAGAGGAGUUUUCGAGCUCUGUGGAAGUGAGCUCUGUUACUGAUCCCGUCGCCUCAUAG